AUGCACGAAAUCAUCACCCUACAACUAGGGCACCAAGCUAACUACUUAGGAACUCACUUCUGGAACACUCAAGAGUCAUAUUUCACAUACACUGAAGAUGCAACUCCCAGUCCCAUUGAUCAUGACGUACACUUUCGCCCGGGUAUCGGAGUCGGUGGGGUGGAAACAUAUACACCAAGGACCCUGAUUUACGACCUAAAGGGUGGAUUUGGGUCCAUGCGAAAGAUAAAUGCGCUUUAUGAUCAAAUGGAGGAAACUGUAGGGGGGAUCCCUCAGGGACUAUGGGAUCGUGGGACCACUAUACAAAGAGAGACCCCCAUCGAACCAAUUGAGUACCAGAAAAACCUCGAAGCUGGACUUCCGGCUCCCGAGCUAGACACGCCAUCAGUCCGCUACUGGAGUGACUUUAAUAGAGUAUAUUAUCACCCACGAUCAUCUAUUCAAAUCAGUGAGUAUGAGCUCGAUUCGAAGGUUAUGCCUCUCAAGGGAUUCGGCCUAGGAAAGGCUCUUUUCCAUGACUUGCACAUGGAGCAUGACUUGAUCGAUAGGGACUUCAGGUUAUUUGCAGAGGAGUGCGACCAAAUGCAGGGCAUCCAAAUCAUGACUUCUACCGAUGAUGCUUGGGGUGGAUUUGCCUCAGAAUAUGUUGCUGCUCUAAGAGACGAGUACUCCAAAGCCUCCAUAGUGACUUGGGGGUUGGAAGGUAGAGAUAAGGUUCCCAGGGAACAGGAGAUCAAGCGAACAGUUGAUCUCGCGUACUCUCUAUCAGGGAUAGUCCCACUGACAUCUCUUUACAUCCCUCUUCGAAGCCCUCCCCCCAAAUUGCACAUUAUCUCACAAUGGACAAUUCCUCAAAAUGGCAUCUCUGGUAGAUUGGGAAGUUUGGGUGAUAUGGCUGCUCUACUCAAUGUCAGCGGGAGUCAGAAGAUUACCAACCUUACCAUGUCUAUCCACGAUAUGGAAGAAAAAAAAUCGGACGGCACGCCGCUGCCACCAGCAUCCAGCUCGCCGCGGGACUCGGCAUCAAAGAUUGAACUCUCUUGGGACUCGAGUAACACCAGGGUUAGAGGGAAAAAAACCGAUGGUGAUGGACACGUCUUUGCAGAAGCGGAAGUUAUGAGAGGAUUCGAUGAGAAGCAGGUUAUGGAAGAGACGGCAGCUGCUUCUCGGACAGUUGGAUUGGCACAUGAUCGGCGUGACGCUAUUCUCGGAAGUUAUCUCACGCAGUUUACAUACCCAAUAAUCGACAGUUUCCCCGCCAUCUUUUCUUCGCGUGUUCUUGACAGAUCAGUCCUUGACAGGCCUUGCGUUGGCAGGAUUACCACCAAACUCACAACAUCAUCCAAAACAAUCUCGCGAUUGAAGAAUGUCAAAGAUCUCGUGUCACGAAUAGUUGGUGUUGAUGAAAGAGAGGCUCUUUUAAACGACUUAGGGGAGUUUGCGGAAGCUUAUGAGGAGGGAUACAACAGUGGGUCUGACGAUGACGACGAUUAG